UUCAUUGGCGAAAGCGCACCUCGCAGAUCUACGCCACCACCAAUUCGAAUCGGUGAGAGCGUGCGCGCGUGUCCAUCUAGGCAGACGCGAUACCGUAGUGUUCGCCGCACUUAUCUUCCCUUCAUCGUUCACAAUGGAAAACGCUGGCGGCGAACAAGUAGAGCAUGAAAUCAGCGAGUACAUCGCCGCAAGCGAUUGGAAGAAAGUGAUCGACCUGGGUCAGGUGUUGCCGUUCAACAGCCGGGUGAAAUACCUGUGGGUGUGGCCGCUGCAGGACGAUCUCGAAAGGAUACAGGAGGCUUUGGUGCGCUUUGGGAUCUCGCGAGUGCUGAGCAUAGGUUGCGGAACGGGUCUGCUGGAGUGGUUGAUCACGGCCGCAACGGGAAUCUCGGUAGCAGGCGUUGAAAAGGACGAACAGUGGUGGCGAUCCAAGUAUGCCACUAGAACGUACAUCCCCAUGGUGUUUGCCGAAGCGAUGACGAACGUGGAUGAGAGCCAAGGUCAACAGCAGACGACGUGGCAGGCCAUGAUGUUUUGUUAUUUUAAUAAUGGUGCCGCUUUUCGCGAGUAUGUGAAAAAUUUCAACGGUCACUAUGUGAUCAUUGCAGGGCCGAUGGAGGGAAGAGGUGUUCACACGGAUCCACUGCCGUUCGGAGCGAAGUUCCCGGCCGAUCAGGACUGGGAAGUCGUGCAUAGCAUUCCGGUGGGUAGCGAAAAUCUCAAUCAGUUUGUGAUUUAUCAAAAACGAUCAAAUAAAGAAGCGAUAUAUUUUUCCUAGAGGGCACAUUUA